AUGGCUCCUGAAUCGACUUUUCUUUCACUCCCUCGUGAGCUGAGAGACGAGAUCUACAGCAACUACGUAACAACCGACUGCGGAUACGUAUGUAACUCCGAGAUUCUCAUCUCAAGAACACUAAAUCUCAACAGCUCUGGCAGCACUGAUGCCCAACUCGGCAUCGCCGGCGUACUAAAAAGGGGCGAUGGCCUCCCGAUUGAUCUCAGGUUGUCUCUCACCUGCAAGCUUGUGGCCAAGGAGAUGAGUGGGCUGGCUCUACGCAAGAACACAAUCAUCUUCUCGACUGCCACAUCUGAAGAGCUACGUAUCCUGGCCCUUCACUUCGACAUCCUGAUCAAAGAUCUUGACUCGAGCCAAGAGUUUCUUUUCCAUCGAGCAGGAUACACCAUACCAGCGAAUGCAAGAGACAAACUGCGACUGGCCUAUCCUCAGUUCGCUCCUCUGCUGGACGAUCUGAAAGAAGGAUACGAGCGGGCAGACAUCCUGAAACGCCGUGGUCCUUUUGGUGAGGCACCAUCACAGUACCGCGCCUUUUGUAGAAAGGCAUUGGCAACCAUCUCAGCUGCGGACAUCGGACGAGGCAUUUACAAGGACUAUGUUUUGUGGGCGUCACGUAGGCGAGCGUUCUCCCAGAAUCAACCAUACAAUGCGCUGAAGAUCGCCCAGUGCCCGGCCGACCAUUGGUUCAUCCCCUCAAAAGACGACAUGGAGAGCUUGACGCACUGUUUUGAGAUGCGCAGAUACUCGUUCAAAUGGGCCAAAACGAGAAAGAAUCGCUUCAACUAUCGCUUUUCUGCCGCGGCGGUUGCGAUUCAUUUCCAACGAUCAAUGCCCGAACGGCUGCGAGGGCAGCUGCGUAGCAUCGUCCUCGACGAAGACCACGAAGCAGUGGCCAAACCCCAGUGUCACGCCCUGGGCCUGAUCCCCUUCUGCAAACAGAAUCCCCGCCUACGGAUCGAGCGUCGCGUCAACUUAUGGAGGAACGCCUUGCAACCAGACUCCAACUUCCACGUCCCUUACGCUCGUUACCAGGCCAAAUUCCGCAAUACGCGUGAGACCCCAGUACCAUGGGGCUUGGAGGCCAAGCAGGUCACCAGCAAUGUGUCGCAAUGGAUCAUGGAAGCCUUGGCGCUCGUUCCCGCGGGGAUGCCGCCCGCGUCCUUCGCGCUGGUCCUCGAUGGCCAGCCGGUGCCUCAGCUAUGCGCCGAGAUCUUCCAGCGGACGAUCCAGCGAGACGUUGCGUGGCAGGCGGCCUGGUUCGAAUCGGUAGACCGGGGCAUCGUCCCGGCAACGGAGUGGUUCCUAACAAGGUCCAUCGUAUUCCACACAAUACAAGUCGGCCGCGAGACUGGGUACUUUUACAGGGGUUUCCCCCGCGCCAUGAUUGACGUUGUCGAAGGGAAUUCGAUUGUGAAGUGCAACUUUGAUCCCGGGGAGUUGUGGAACGUCGAGCGGAUCUUUCAGGAUCACCAUACCUGGACCCCUGAGCAGUGGCAGGAUGCGUGGGCGAACCAUGAGCCAAAGACAUGGUUUCCUGUAGCGCCAUUGCCGAGUUUCAAGGCCCUGCUCGAAGAGGAUCUCGUCCCGCGCCUUCGAAGAAAGUCACUGCGACAAAAGCGAAAGCAAAUCGUCGCGGAGCGUAGACUUUCGCCGGACCACGAAUACAGGCCCUAA